ACGUAGAUUUUUUUUCGAAAACCACUAAACGUCAAUAUUGAUAUCACUAUCAAUACAAUGGAAUAAACAUUUAGUAUAAUUCACACAAAUAAUUUAAGAAAAUAAGCUAAAAUGCCUCUCGUACGCUCGGCUAGUUUCAACUUGUUAAUAGAAAUCGUGUUAAGAAUCGCUUUAAUGUCAGCAUUUUGUUACAUGGAGACUCUGCCCCCUUUCAAGCGAGUAAUUCACCCGGCGGACUUGGAGUCGCUUUACAAGUAUCCCCGUGUGGAUUCCUACGUUCCUGGGGGCACGUUAUGGGCCAUAGUGCUGUCGGUGCCUUGUGUACUGUCGAUAUUGGCUUGGGGUUGCUGCAACGACUGCAAUGACGCCUUCGAGAUACUACUAGCGUGGUCGUUAGCUCUAGGUCUGAACGGCGUUUUGACCGACGGAAUAAAAUUGAUAGCAGGACGGCCGAGACCAGACUUCUUCUACAGAUGCUUCCCCGACGGAGUGGAGACUCCGAAGCUGGUCUGCACUGGGGAUCCGAUGGUCGUGAUGGACGGAAGGAAGUCUUUCCCGAGCGGUCACAGCAGCUUGUCGUUCUGCUCAUUGGGCGUCGCUUCCGUUUGGCUCUGCGGGCGGCUGGGUACAACCUCGCGCCGGCGGGGCAGUGCAGCGAGGGUCCUGAUCACCCUCUGCCCCCUGGUCGUGGCCGGCAUAGUCGCUCUAUCGCGCUCCUGCGAUUACCAUCAUCACUGGGAAGAUAUCCUCGUGGGAUCUUUACUUGGGUUCACGAUUGCAGUUUUCUGCUACAGACAAUACUACAAUCCUCUGUCUUCAGACCUGGCAGGGGUUCCGUAUAUAGUCUCCAAUAACAUGGCCAAGUACGGAAAAGAAAUAAGUCCGACGAAAGAUUUAAAGGAAGUCGAAUCUACUCCGCUUUUGGGGAAGAAAGAUGAUAAAUGGAUCUGAAGUUACUGGAUUGCGGGACUGAAACUCUGAUUUUCUAAUUUAGUGCAUUUAAUUUUUUUCCUUUUUUUUAAACAGAGUUACCAAUUUAAAAGAAAUCACUGUUACGCAGCAAACUCUCUCAGUGAACCGGCUUUAUAACUGGCCUUCCAAUGUUUAAUACCCCUGUGAUUAUACGAUUAAGUUUUUAGGACGGCGCAGUGACUUAAUAUUAAAAAGUACAAACGAACGUAGAAUUAAUAUUCGAAAAACUAAAAUGACAAGGUUCAGGAUAGAUUAAAACCGUUCCCUUUGCCAAUAUAAAGUUAAAGAAGUACAAGCCUAAACGAAUUCAGUUUUAAGAGUUUUGGAGGGAACGCGAGAUGUCAAGUUUAAUUUAUUAUUUUGUUUCUUCGAGUACAAUAAUGGUGAGUUAGUUAUAGAAAAAGAAAUAAAAUUUCAAAAGUUCAUCCAACUGGAAAUUAAUUUCGACAAUUUUAUCAAAUCAUUAUAUCAUUUCAUGCUUACUUAGCUCACCUUAUUUAAUUUUUAUUUCGCUCCAUUACACUUUUCGUUCGGUAGUUAAGGUUUCUAUCUUUGUUAAACUACAACAUUAAUAAUUUAAUUAAUUUAUAUACUAACUUAUAUUACACAUAGUGUAUUUUUUACAGUAACGUAAAAGUAAUAAUGUGAUAAAUUAGUGAUUCGAUUUUUUUUAGUACGAAUCAUGUCAUUUGAUCUAACAGUAAAAUGACAUUAAAUUUUAUAUUUUUAUUUAUUUGUAACAAUAAUUCCAUUGUAUUUGUGAUAGACAUUAUGUAAUGAUGUUGAAAGAAGCGCAUAUGUAUGUAUAAGUAUAUUGGUUUAUACCCCAGUCGUGUAAGAAAAAACGUUUUUUUUGUAAUUAAUUCGUUGUCUCGCAGAAUUGUAAAGUCGAGACGUUUUGAUACGUAAGUAAAUGUUUUAUACUGUUUUCGUUGACCACAAAUGUUUUAAUAAAUCUUUUAUUAUUGACAGUGUUUUAUUUUAAUGUUAAUGUAUAUGACGGUAAUGCCGCCAUAUUAAAUGUACUUAUUUAUUUUAUUAGGUGUGGUUCGUACGAUGGUCACCGUCGCCACUUGUAUAGCCGGCCACUGCGGUUCAUACGUCGUUCUAUAUAAACUGUACAUGGGAAUUCUAAAUAUGUACAAAGAUAAAAAAGUAUAUUAUGUGUGCAUUAUUUUGUUCUUUUUUUCUUUUUCUCCUGCACGGUUUGUGCAUUAGCCAGCUUCAGGUAAUAAGAUUUUUAUAAUUCGCCGUUUUAAUUAUUUACAGUUUAUGAAUAAUAAACAACGAAGGAAGCUAAUAGCGACAUAACAUAAAUGAUUAAAAACGAAUUAAAUUUACAAAUGAGAUGUUAUGUGACGAAGUAUAAUCUCAGUAAAAUGGUGCUCAUUUACGGAUACUAUUUCAGUGGAGUUUUUGGAGAAUCCCGAGAAGCUACGUUCAGCGGCAGAAACACUAAAUAGACAAAUAAAACAAUUCAUACAACUUCACUCCUCGUGUUCCCGCCAAAAAGUCAAGAUAGCUGUGUGAUUCGUUUCGAAUUAAAAUCUCAUAAGAUAAUAAUCACCAUUUUACUGAGAGUAUAUAUCAUCUCAUCUCAUUUCAUUCUAAUUAAUCAACAUCAGUUCUUAUUAACAUUUGCCAUUUAGAAAAAAUAUAAAAGAUUAGGCUGAAUGGUACAAUACUUUUGUCUUUCCAGUUAAAAAAAACGACUACUGUCACAGCUAUCACUGUCAGCCCAAGCCGGCUGUCAUAAUCAGAAAAAAAUGCUUUUGAAGAAUUUUACCGGUAAACACUGUCAUUGAUUUUGAUUAUAAAAACUAAAAAAACAGUUAAGAACCGCAUAAAAUAAGUCUCAUAAUACAAAUUAUCUAAAUUUUGAACAGUUCAUUUGGAAAAAAUGGGUACAGCAACACCGUACUAUUUGAUGCUGGGAUUCACACUAGCUGCAUACUUCAUAGCCUCAAAGUUUGUCUUCGAUAAAGUCCAUCAUACAACUCGUACGGUGAUCGAUGAGCUGUUCCACAUACCGCAAGGUCUAUCCUAUUGCCGUCGGAACUUCAUGCACUGGGAUCCAAAAAUAACUACACUACCUGGCCUAUAUUUAGUAUCUGCAGCGUUCUUGGGAACGUAUUUUCCCUGCACAACUUACAAUCUAAGGUUUAUUAACUUGCUGGCUUCGUGCGUGAACCUCUUAUUGUUUGCCUCUAUAUUAAAAUUUGUGUAUACAAGUAAGCAAUCGAAAAUCGUGAUUCAAGCACUGAAUUUAACGCUACUCCCACCGUUGUAUUUUUUUUCACACGUAUAUUACACAGAUACAUUAUCUCUGACGUUUCUGUUGGCUUUCUCUAGGCUCUGUCUUACAAAUAGACAUGGCUUUUUGAUGCUCGUAUUUGGAGUGUUCAGUGUAUUAAUGCGACAAACUAACAUUGUCUGGAUAGCUAUGGUGUUUGGUCAUAAAUUUUUAGAUUUGUUUAUCCGUAGUUCAAGAGUUUUCGGAAACCAGUACGUGACCAAUAUCAGGUUGAGCAAGAAAUCGCUGAUAGCCAACGAUGUUGACACGUCCAAGUUAAAACGGUACUAUGAUAUUAUGGAUGUGUUCUAUGCCAUUAAAUAUCAUGUUUCUACGUGUUUCAAAUCGUUCUUCAGAUACUUAAAUACACAAGAUAUUUUGACAUUGUCGAUACAUAGUGUUUUAUUGUUGUUUUUUGUGGCUUUCGUUUAUUACAAUGGCUCAAUAGUUUUAGGAGAUAAAAAAGCACAUGAGGCUUCCAUACAUGUUCCGCAGUUGUUGUAUUUCUUAAUUUUCUAUGCCAUAUUCGGGAUGCCUUAUGUAAUAUUAAAAUUGAAGUCAACGUUAAUAUUGAUCUUCUCAAAUAAAUUUAAGGUUAUUUUACUAGUAUUAUUAAUGCUCGCAAUAGUACAUUAUAAUACAAUUAUACACCCAUAUUUGCUGGCUGAUAAUAGACAUUUCACGUUCUAUAUAUGGAACCGAUGGUACGGGAAAUAUGAAUAUGCCAAAUAUGUAACAAUACCUCUAUACAUUUUUUUAACUUUUAAUUUGUACGAUAAUUUGAAGGAUCAAAAUUGUAUAUCGUUUCUUCUACCCUAUACGGUGGCAAUAUUUCUUGCUGUAGCGUUACAACGAAUGAUCGAAGUCAGGUAUUUUUUAAUACCAUUUAUCAUAUUGAGGCUGCGUUUCUCAAGACCGUCCAGCUUAAUGAUCCUAAUUGAGUUUUGUUGGUAUUUGCUACUGAAUGUUCUGGCUUUUCAAGUUUUCUUCACUAGAGAGGUGAUCUGGAAAGAUUUCGAUGAAGUACAGAGAAUCAUUUGGUGAUAAUAAGUGUAGCCUGCUCACCGAAUAAAAUACAACAAUUGAGGCGUAUGAAGUCAGAUACGAUAAAGUCCAAAUUUAUAAUUUUUUAAACCAUACAUACUAAAUUGUAUCUAAUUAAUAACAUUAUUGUAAAAAUAUUUGCAAAUAACUAUGUUUUGUUUCCAGUAAUGAUUCUUUUAAUCCUUAGUUCUUAAUAAUAAUAGCGUCGGCUUUUUUUGUUUUUUUUUUUCCCACCUAUGCUGAUAGCUUUGAGAGGCUAUUUCAGCUUCUCCUUGACGUGUAGGUGAGCUCGCGGGGCUCAAACCGGGAGUGAUGCUAACACUGACUGUAGCAAGAGCAGUGCUUCGCAGAAUCUACCACCGGAUCGGAAACGCGACCCACUGAGAAGAUCCGGCGGGAAACUCAGUGGGCUUAGUGAUGGCGUUAAAAUCUUGUCAUAUAGUCUAUAUGUGCCAUAGACCACACUAGAAUAUCUUGAUUAAUUAGAUAAGAAUAUUUUGUGACUUAGCGUAUUUGCUUACAUACACCUCAAAUGUCAGUGAGCCCAGGUGAUUGUAAAUAAGACAGUAUAAUAAUGCAAUGAGGUUUAGGACUGAAGGGUGCAGUAUAAUUGAGAAAUACAGGGUUCCAGGCAAGCAUUCUUAUAGUUGUGAAAACACUAAUAUACAGCGUGUGUUCCGAUGUAGUCUCUUAAUAAGUUAUUGUUAUUUUCAAUACAGUGAAAUUGCAUCAAAAACACCAUUCUGUAUAUGUUUUUGCGUUCCACACAAACAUGUUAUGAAAUAUUGAUAACGGCUGUUUGUGUGAUUAUGCAUUUGGAACUACUGGCACUAUUAGCACUUUGGUAGUGGGGAUGAGUAUUCUUGUGUCAUUUUGCAUUCCACACAAACUGGCUAUGUUAUGAAUUAUUGAUAACGGCUGUUUGUGUGAUGCCCUGAUGAACUAUAUUAUGCAUUUGGCACUAUUGGUACUUUGGUAGUGGGGAUGCGUAUUCUUGUGUCAUUUUUCAUUCCACACAAACUCGCUAUGUUAUGAUUUAUUGAUAACGGCUGUUUGUGUGAUGUCCUGAUGAACUAUAUUAUGCAUUUGGCACUACUGGCACUUUGGUAGUGGGAUGCGUAUUCUUGUGUCAUUUUUCAUUCCACACAAACUCGCUAUGUUAUGAUUUAGUGAUAACGGCUGUUUGUGUGAUGUCCUGAUGCACUAUAUUAUGCAUUUGGCACUAUCGGCACUUUGGUAGUGGGGAUGCGUAUUAUUGUGUCAUUUUUCAUUCCACACAAACUCGCUAUGUUAUGAAUUUUUUAUAACGGCUGUUUGUGUGAUGUACUGAUGAACUAUAUUAUGCAUUUGGCACUACUGGCACUUUGGUAGUGGGAUGCGUAUUAUUGUGUCAUUUUUCAUUCCACACAAACUCGCUAUGUUAUGAAUUUUUUAUAACGGCUGUUUGUGUGAUGUACUGAUGAACUAUAUUAUGCAUUUGGCACUACUGGCACUUUGGUAGUGGGGAUGCGUAUUAUUGUGUCAUUUUUCAUUCCACACAAACUCGCUAUGUUAUGAAUUUUUUAUAACGGCUGUUUGUGUGAUGUCCUGAUGAACUAUAUUAUGCAUUUGGCACUACUGGCACUUUGGUAGUGGGAUGCGUAUUCUUGUGUCAUUUUUCAUUCCACACAAACUCGCUAUGUUAUGAUUUAGUGAUAACGGCUGUUUGUGUGAUGUCCUGAUGCACUAUAUUAUGCAUUUGGCACUAUCGGCACUUUGGUAGUGGGGAUGCGUAUUAUUGUGUCAUUUUUCAUUCCACACAAACUCGCUAUGUUAUGAAUUUUUUAUAACGGCUGUUUGUGUGAUGUACUGAUGAACUAUAUUAUGCAUUUGGCACUAUUGGCACUUUGGUAGUGGGGAUGCGUAUUAUUGUGUCAUCGUGAAUCCGACUCUUGUAUAUAUUCGUAUGCAUUCAUUAGAAAAGCUGUAUUCACAUUACAAACAGAUACUUAGAUUUUAUUUAUAUAUACCUAAUAUGUUAUUAAUAUACUUUCAAAAGACUAAAUAAGAGUUAAUAAGUGUAUUGCAAAAUUGAACAAUUAUAAUAAGGAAUUAAGUCAAUUAAUUAUUAUAUAAAACACAAUUAGUACUUAGCUAUUUUUUUAAUAUAGUUUUAAAGUUUAAACAAUGUAAAUUAAUUAUAAUAAUAUAGAUUA